CAUGUGACUUUUCGAAUGAGAGAAUGACAAUCACAUGUUUUUAUUUUGUAAUACGUUGCGUUGACGUUCCCUUCAAUCGGCAAUAUUAUUUUGUACGAAACAUACGAUAAUCCAAAAGUGUUUUAUCGUUGUUUUGUGUAAAUAAAGAGGAGAUGGAGAGUCGUCCAAGAAAAAUCCCCAAUUUGUUAAUAACUGGAACGCCUGGUGUGGGGAAGUCCACAAUUUGUCAGAGAGUGGCAGAUAGAACAAACUUCGCAUGGAGAGAGGUUUCAAAAAUUGCCGAAGAGAGCAGCUGUCUUGAUGAAUUUGAUCCCGAGUAUCAGUGCCCUUUCCUAAAUGAGGAUAAGUUAUUAGAUGUCAUGGAGUGCAUGAUGAAUAAAGGCGGUAAUAUAGUGGACUACCAUGGCUGUGAUUUCUUUCCGGAGCGUUGGUUUGAUGGCGUAUUUGUUAUCAGAACAAAUAAUACCAUCCUGUAUGACAGACUUUCUGCGAGAGGGUACACAGGAAAAAAAUUGGAAGACAACAUCCAAUGUGAGAUAUUUGAAACCUUACUGGAAGAGGCUCAGUCUUCGUACAGGCCACAGAUUGUAAAGGAGCUGCAGAAUGAUUCAGAUGAACAACUGCAGAAGAAUGUGGAUACAAUCAUUGAGUGGAUUGAGAGGUGGAAAGAAGAAAAUUUAUAAUAAAUGUUAUUAGUAGUCACAA